AUCAACCAGGUGCAUAUGUAAGAACAGAUAAGAUGAAUGGAAAGACUGAACACAAGCAAUGGUACAAUCGACCACUGCCAAAACCACAAUCUGAACCGUUUUUGGAAAUUUGCGAUGCAAAGAUGUAUUUCAAGGAAACAAUAUCCAAUCCUACUGUUUUGUCGAAUCUUGCAAUCAUGCCAAAUGAGGAAAACGUUGAUAUGUUUCGUGACACAAGGAUCCAACCAAAGAUAAAGCAAUCACAAGGUCUAAGGUUUCUCAACUCAGAUGUUCGUAUAAACAAUCAUAUAGUUCUCAUUGCCAACGAGAGCAAAUUUUUUAAAGGAAGAUGUCUAACCAAAGAUUACAAAAUUAAAGAAAGUGUGCAUAAAAAGUUGGAAAGUUUUUCAUGGCUUUGUGGCGAUUAUGGUGUAGCUCGUCCGACCAAUCAAAUGCCAUAUCUUCAUUUGUUUCUUGAAGUCGACCAAUCAAAGAAUGAUAAUAAACUUUUGAAACAAGAAAUUGAUGAAAUAUUUAAAUGGAAUGCUUCAAAAUAUAUCGAGUUACGUUUUAUCAACCCAUCUAACGAAAUUAUAAUUUAUCCGCUUUCGAAGAUGGUUCAAUCAAGGCGUGAUGAUGCGUCCAAACCAUCCUGUGGAACGUUGACUCUGUUCUGCUGCAAAGAUGGAAAACAUUACGCGUUGACUUGUCUACAUACUGGAUAUAAAAAUUCUCCCGAAAGCGAAAAUAAAUUCUUGUACAUUCAAGACGAAAUAAAUAAUAAUAAAAUGGAUUUUGAGAAAUUUAUGCACGAAAACAAAUAUUCGUACAUUCAUAACGAUGGCAGACAAAUAGCUCUUGGCGAAUUUUCGCAUUACUCAUUUGAUCAAGAAACCGAUAUAAUGGCCAUCUUAUUUGAUAAUAAAGAAAUUGAAUUCACUGCGCCUAAAAUAGAGAUGCCAAGUUCUCUAGAGAACGUGUUUAAGUUGCUGUCAGAGAGAGAAAACGAUGAGGUACAGACACCUGUUUAUAAAGCUGGCGACGAGGUCGGCGGGAGCAUUGUUGACCUCAAUCGUACCGUACGUUACAAGGGAAAAAUAGUGUUCCGUGACGUGGUGGCUGUAGAAAGUGAUCACGAAUUUAUUCAGCAAAGUGACUCGGGAUCUCUGGUUUAUUUUAGUGAUAAGAACAACAAGAAGAUACCGUUUGCAUAUGCUGUUGCUGUUGCGUCCCGAAAGAACAAGAAGUACUAUGCUUGCCUGAGACUAAAAGAUGCUUUGGAUAAAUUAGGACUUCUCCAAAAUGCCUGUUUCUGCGUGUGAAACAAUGAAAUUGAUGCAUACAUGAACUUAUUUAACAUUUCACAUUUUGGCUCUUAGUAUUUGUACAUUCAUCUAAUGUUUUUGCAUGGCCAAUCUAGCGUAAAGCAAAAUAAAGUGUAGAAGCAAGAUUCUAUUCUAUAGUCGAUAUCAUUGUUAUAAAGAUGAUUCGCAAUGAUCCUCUACUACAUAAGAUUCCGAAAUUCAAAUACAAAUUUAAAAGCACCUACCAACAAGAUGCUCAGACACCCGACAAAGUCGAAUUUUUACUUAGCUAUCUAAAAAUCAAUCUUUACAGAUAGCAUUGAGUACAAAAAAUUAAAGAGGUUUGUGUAGUUGGAUUUUUGUACAACUACAUAUACAUUUUAUACCAGACAAAAACUGUUUAUACAUAAUAAAAAAGUGUACUCUUGGAAAAAAUUUCCUAAAAUAAGACGGAAACGCGUAUUGUGCAUUGCACAACUGGCAUUUUUAAAAAUGCAUAAAUUUUUACCAGUGAGCGAACUGUUGUCCAUUGAACAAACCCUUUUGCUCAAAACUUUGUCAUAUGGACUGUGUUCGACAAGCUUUUGGCUCACGGGCAGACAAGACAAACGAGAUCUAUGAGUUUUAACUGUUCACUGUUCACCAUUUCAAAUUAAGUUUGUGCAUUGUCAUAUUUUAGUAGAAGUUAGAGAAUAAAAUUCGCACGUCAACUCCCAUUACAAGAGUUGUAACAGGCUAACAUCACUUAUAUUCAUGUCAUACAAAUAUAUUUUCUAUUAUAUUGACGCUUAA